GUAACCUCGACGUGGUGACAUUGACCUAUAAUAUGAAACCCUAACCCUUCAUGCCUCGCUCGUCUAAACCUUCGUAGCACCCCUUCACGCUGCGUCGAGUACAUACCCAUCCGUCUUCCGGGCCUGGAGAUGGCUAGGGUUUGACUGCUGGUCUGCUGGCAUGGCUUCGCCGUCACAGGUGCCUCGUGCACCGCAAACACCACCUCAUGACGAAGUAGUACGAGGGAGGCAACAGCUAUGCUCUCACCCACCAGCGCUACCUUUUCUGCGAACAGUCUGAGUCCGCAACGUGGCUUCCAUAGCCCAUUCACGCCUCAAACAGGAAGCACAGAUGGCAGCUUUCUACCUGCCGAGCCCGAUGGCGAAGAUGCCAAGAACCCCUUCAGCUUCCAGACCGUACCGUACGUCGCCGGCACAGGGAACGCCAAAAACGAAGCACUUGGUCGUCGCAAAGGCCACAAGUACCGCCACUCGUCGAUCCAUGCCUCGCACAUGGACACCAUCUUCCAGCCUCCCCCAGCGAGAAGGACGCCAUUGAGCGUACCAUCUUCCCUUCCAAUGCCUACGCGAAAGGAGAUGUGGGCGAGCAUGACGUCUAACCAGACUGCCCGACUUUUCUGGUGUGUCUGCCACUUCAUCAUUGCUGGCUUCGUGCAGUUCUCCGGCGCUGGCUCGUUAGCAAUGACAGCGCUCUCUCGUCUCUUGCUGUUCGAUGCAGCUGGGGCCACGGUGUGUGUGUUAGUGGAUGUUAUGAGCAACUUCGAAGUCUGGGAGCGGAGCUCGAUCAAGCACCCUUUUGGCCUUGAGCGCGUUGACGUGCUGGCUGGUUUCGGGUUGGCUGUGUUCAUCGCCUUCAUGGGCUUGGAUAUCGUCUCACAUGGAAUACAACAUAGCCUGGAGAACAUUGGCCACCAUGAGUCACAUUCGCCGCAUUCCCACGAGCGUGCUUCUACUGCAUCCGUGAAUGUCAGUUCGUUGCUGUCUAUUACAAGCACCUUGGCCUCCGCGGUCUUGCUGAAGAAUCAUGUCCGCAUAGGACGAGCAAUGCGCGUGGAGCUCAUCGCAGGUUGGGGCAGGAUAUUCGGCAAUCCCUCUCACUUCCUCACGCUCUCAACGUCCGUCAUGCUUCUUACACUACCUUUCCUUAGCGAGAACGCCUUCACUGCUUGCGACCUCGUCUUCGCAUUUUCCGUCGCUUCACUCAUGAUAGCACUAGGCGUGAGGCUCGGCACCGCGCUGGCUUCCAUGCUGUUGAUGUCUUACAAGCCGGCCUCGCAGGACAAGCGCGCAGUCAGAGAAGUAAUCAGCGAGAUCGAGACUGAUCCGGGUAUUAGCGCCGUGGAGGAGGCGCGCUUCUGGCAGGUACACUACGGGUGCUGCAUGGCGAACUUAAAGCUGCGCUAUCGUAAUGCUGCGAGCGGCUAUGGAGACGAAAUGACGAGGAUAAGACAACGCAUUAUGAGCCUCAUCCGGCAGCGCUUGGGGGAGCCCAGAGGCUUGCGAUGGGAAAUCAGCGUGCAGAUGGCCGCUGAGAAGGACUAGCUUCCAUAGGGUCAACUUGACAUUUGCAUCCUCUCCAUUCACCUCAAUGUAUGAUCUUUCCCGUGUCGCCUGUGUCUUCCACCGGGAUACUCCGAGGCAACGAUAGAAGCGUGCUAUUGUGGACUUGCGCGAUGGAAAAGCGCGUCGACCUCGGUUGCAGCAUAUUUGGUGGCACGAUCAACACAAGGAAGCCGACGGCAACACAAGGCAGGUGAAUGAUGCGA